AGGUGAAGCUCUGGUUUCCGGAUGGUCCGUGAACGCAGCUCCGUCAGUCGGACCUGCGUCACCAGCUCCGCUCCGUCUUCUUGUUUGUUGUUUAUUUAUUUAUUUGUUUGUGUUUAUUUAUCGGUUCCGGUUCCGCUGCUGCUGCUCGGAGCUCCGGUUAAGAACGAGGUUUGAAUUGUUUUGCUGAGUCUCUGGUAAAUCGUCCUGGUUUUCACUUGGCGUUCGUCUGAUGAACGUCUGACUGAAGCAAAGCCUCCAGCCGCUCCGUCUGCAGCUGCACCAUGAGUGUAUGAUGACUGAGAGCAGCUGCUAUGGCCUGCAGCAGCCGUCAGAGCAAUGCAGAAACUCUGGAGGGGUUCCACGAGGUGAACUUGGCCUCGCCCACCACACCUGAUCUUCAGAACCAAGCGGAGCAGCAGCGCCCCCCUGCUCGGCACAGCGCCCCGCCCACCUCCCUGUACCGCACCCACUCUCUAGGAGCGGCCCCUCCUGGCCGCCCCGCCUCCCUGCGAGCUGACCAGCUCCCCACGCAGCCGGUUUACUCCACGCCACGGCACAGCCACAAUGGAAGUGUGCCAGGCCUGGACCCGGAGUCCGCCGAGGGCAACUUCCUGUCCGGAGAGGAAGGGGAGGAGUGCAACGCGCUGAGCGACAGCCUGUCACGGCUGAGAAGUCCGUCAGUGAUGGAGGUCAGAGAGAAAGGAUACGAGAGGCUGAAGGAGGAGCUCGCCAAGGCCCAGAGGGAGCUGCUGUUGAAGGAUGAGGAGUGUGAGAGGUUGAUUAAAGUCAGAGACCAGCUCGGCCAGGAGCUGGAGGAGCUCACCGCCAGUCUCUUCCAGGAGGCUCACAAGAUGGUCAGAGAAGCCAACGUGAAACAGGCGCAUGCUGAAAAACAGCUGAAAGAAGCUCUGGGAAAGAUCGACGUGCUCCAGGCGGAGGUCCAGGCCCUGAAGACGUUGGUGCUCUCCUCCCCGACCUCCCCCGUGGGCGAACUCCCCUCUGGUGUGAAGAUCGGCUUCAGGAAGGGUCACAGCAGGAACAAGAGCACCUCCUCUGCCAUCCUGGGGACGCAGCCCGACCCGUCGGCCACGCAGCCCAUCGUACGCGAGUGUAGAGAGGUGGACAUUCAGCUGUUCGGCGAGUUCAAGGUGUGGAGGGAGGAGCCGACGCUCGACCGCAGCUGCUGCUUCCUGGAGCGAGUUUACCGUGAGGACAUCUUCCCGUGUCUGACCUUCAGCAAGAGCGAGCUGGGUUCGGCCAUCUUAGAAUCUGUGGAGCAGAACACGCUCAGUGUGGAGCCGGUCGGUUUCCAGCCGCUGCCUGUGGUCAAAGCCUCGGCGGUGGAGUGUGGAGGACCAAAAAAAUGUGCCCUGAGUGGUCAGACCAAAACCUGCAAGCACAGAAUCAAGUUUGGAGACUCGUCCAACUAUUACUACGUCUCUCCCUACUGUAGAUACAGAAUCACAGCAGUUUGUAACUUCUUCACCUACAUUCGCUACAUCCACCAAGGCCUCGUCAAACAGCAGGACGCUGAGCAGAUGUUCUGGGAGGUGAUGCAGCUCCGCAGGGAAAUGUCCUUGGCCAAGCUCGGCUACUACAAAGAUCAGCUGUGAUGGAAGCCCCGCCCUCCCUGAAGCCCCGCCCCCAACCACCACCUGAUUCUGGCUUUCCCGCUCUCAUCCGACCAUUUCAGGAAACUUCCUCUUCCUCUUCCUCCUCCCCCUCCCUGUGUGAGUGUGAAUAACUGUGGUUGUUUUCAAGCAUCACAAAAAACAUUCCUCAUCUGGAGGUUUGAUUCCAAAACGUCUCGUCUCCUUCAUGUAAACCUGAAACACUCCGUUAUACAAAGAAACUGAUUCAUGUCGACGUUUAAAAACCGUCACGAGCUUCAACAUUUGCUUUUUUCUCACUCUGCUCAGAAAUGAAAUAUUAAAAUUCAGUCAGUUAAUGAGAAACACGGCUGCAAUAAAUCUUUUUACAUUCCUCAGUUAAAAGAACAGCGUCCGAUUAACGAGAGCAUAAUCUGCACAAUCUGAUUCAAGUUGUAAUUUUACAAGAAAAUAUAGAAUUUUAAGAGAUUAACAUAUAUAUAUAAAACCUGCAAUGUUCUCAAAUAUUUCUCCUAUAACAUAAUUUCAUUCAAACAUUUUUAAAGAUUCUCUGAAGAUUUUUAAAAAUGAUCAGUUUAACAGAAUAAAAAAUCUGUUUAGAAAAUUGACUUUUCUCAAAAUUUCUGUCUUCACUUAUUUGUCCUAAAAAACUUUGACUUAAGUUUCCAAUCAAUUAUCAAAUUUAUACUUUUUCUCAAAAUGACUUUUUUCCUUGUAAAAUUACAACUUAUUUGAUUUUCAUUCUUCAUAAAACAACUUCAUCUGUACAACUUCUUCACACCUGAGUUUUUCUAAGUGGCUCCGUUGUUCCUUUAAAGUUUCAAAGCUAAAACACUGAAAACACUAAAGACAAAAUGACCAAGUUUUAAAAGACGACCAAACAAUCAUUAUUUAAUAAAUUAAAGUCUGUAUAAGCUUUAUUUUAGUUUACGUGGGAUUUUAUUUUUUUUCCACAGUUGAAGGAUGUACAGUUGCAAAGAUAAUCAGAAGAUCACAACAAACAUGAGUUUAAAAAUAUCAACAUCACAUUUUUAUGAUUUUCUUCAGUUUGAUUCGUUGUUUCAGGAUCGUUGGGUUAAAGGACAAAAACCAAACUGUUAAGACACAUUGUGACGUCUCCAGACUCGGACCUUUGUGUUUAAUGGAUCGUGUAGAUAGUACAACGUGUGUGUGUGUGUGUGUGUGCGUGUGUGUGUGUGUGUGUGUUAGUAAGUACGACUGUGAACUUUCUACAUGUUGAUUUGAACCUGACUCCACGGCUCCUCCUCCCAGUCAAUGUCACUCUCCCAGUUUGGUUUAGUGCCUUUUCUCUCAGACACUCUGAAAUAAAAACGGUGAUACCUCUGGAAA